GAUUUCUAAUCAGAUAUGAACAAGCCCCCUGCUAUAAAAAAUUGUCAGAGUCAGAAAAGCUGCAAAAAUCAAGUCAAACUCACCCUCUUAUAACUCCCGCUACAUCGAUUCCCUCUUCACCCUCGUCCCCCAUAAUUUAUUCACCAUCGUGCCUCUUCCUCCUCACUUUCUCUUUCUCCUCCACAAAAUCGAGAUCCAUAAAAAUGAACCAUAACUUCUUUUUAACACCCUUUUCUCCAAUAAUAAAUCUCUUUAUUGUCACUUUCUUUCUCCUGGCAAAGAAAGCCUCAUGUACAGACCCUCACUUCCUCGCUUGCAACCCCAAAAGCUGUAGCGAUGGCCAAAGCAUAAGCUUCCCAUUUCAUAUCCAAGGCGUGCAACCCGACUAUUGUGGCUACCCUGGAUUCACUAUCUCUUGCAACGACAAAGGCAAGCCAGUCUUUAAUCUGUCCAAUAGUGAGUAUAUCAUCCACGAAAUCUACUACCAAAACCAGUCUCUUCGUGUCUCAAAUGCAGCUGUUUUUGGCAAAAGCCCCUCCUGUACUCCUCAAAUCCAAAACAUAUCUCUAGAUGAUGGCAGGUUUGGUCAAUCUUCUAACAGUACAGGCGUCUUCUUGCUUUACAAUUGCAACUCAACGCUGCUAUCAAAUAACGGUGAGCUUUUAAAUUACAAGGUUGAUUGUCCUGGGGAGAAUGAAACUGUAUGGACUCUAGCAAUGCUCGAAGAUGAUCCUCUACUGGGUUCUACUUUAGACAAAUGUGGAACUCGAGUUUUGGCACCUGUGGAUGUGUAUAGAGGUGAGAAUGUUGGGACUGAAAGGAUGCUAUUGCUAGAAGGAGGGUUUGUGUUGAAUUGGACAGCAAGUAAUUGUAGCGAUUGUGAAGACAGUGGUGGCAAGUGUGGAUUUGACAACGCCACGUACCAUUUCAAAUGUUUCUGCCCUGACAGACCUCAUUCUCGGCGGUGUUAUUCCGAGAGCAAGAAAUUGAGAUUGAAGCUCGGACUCGGACUAGCUGUCGGCAUUGGAGUUCUAAUAAUUACAAUUUGCUGCAUCAUCAUCAGAAAGUACUCAUCCAUUCACUUCCUUUCCUGUUGGAGAAAAACCAGAGGAAGUCAAAGUAUAGAAGCUUUUCUGAGGAACUAUGGAACCUUGGCACCAAAAAGAUACAGUUAUUCAGAACUUCAGAAAAUGACCAAAAACUUCAAAGAGAAACUAGGCCAAGGAGGCUAUGGAAGUGUUUUCAAAGGCAAUUUACUUGAUGGCCGUCUUGUUGCUGUUAAAGUCCUGAAGAAAUCAAAGAGUAAUGGAGAAGAAUUUGUAAAUGAAGUUUCUAGCAUCGGCAGGACUUCCCACGUCAACAUUGUUACUCUUCUGGGGUUCUGUUUUGAGGGUCCUAAACGAGCUAUAAUCUAUGAGUUCAUGUCUAAUGGGUCACUUGACAAGCACAUAUAUGAAGAAAAUCUCUCGAAGGCACAUCCCAAAUUGGGGUGGGAAACAUUAUACCAAAUUGCAGUUGGCAUUGCUCGAGGAUUAGAAUACUUGCACAGAGGUUGCAACACAAGGAUUUUACAUUUUGACAUAAAGCCUCAUAACAUUCUUCUAGAUGAAAACUUGUGUCCUAAAAUUUCUGAUUUCGGCCUGGCUAAAAUAUGCCCCAGUAAAGAGAGUAUCGUAUCGAUGUUGGGUGCAAGAGGAACUGCUGGAUACAUUACCCCCGAAGUAUUUUGUAGAAAUUUUGGAGGGGUCUCUCACAAAUCCGAUGUUUAUAGCUAUGGGAUGCUAGUGUUAGAAAUGAUUGGAGGGAGAAAAAACUUUCGCGUCGGAGUUGAUAAUACCAGUGAGAUCUAUUUUCCACAUUGGAUAUACAGGCGUCUUGAAAUAGGCGAAGAACUUCAACUUCAAGGGGCUGGCAAUGAAGUGGAGGAACAAAAUGCAAGAAAAAUGAUUUUAGCAAGCUUGUGGUGCAUACAAACCGACCCCUCAAAUCGCCCACCAAUGUCUAGAGUGGUAGACAUGUUACAAGGAAGCCUUGAGUCCUUGCCAAUCCCGCCGAAACCAUACUUGUCUUCCCCUCCAAGAUCUCCUCACGGAUCAAAUUCAAAUUCUUAAACAACCACUAUCAUAAUUCAUGACCUUUAAGUUCCAAAUACUCAUCGCAUCUUCCUUGCAUGAGACAAUGACGCAUUGUACCCAAAAUGUCUUGUAAAACUCUAUGGCCUGAGCUAGUCAAUAUUGUGUAUUUCUCUCAAAA